AGGUAAAUACCGAUGGAGGCUGAUCUGACUAGCGUCGAGGUUGUCUUCGCCCAGAAAUUGGCCUGCGGCGAGCCUGUGACGCGGCAGCGUGCAUUUCGUGCUUUGCAAGACUGGAUCAAACAGCAGUCGGCUGUGAAUCCUUUCACCGAAGCUGAUAUGCUCAGGCUAUGUAAAGGACUUCAUUAUGUUCUGUGGAUGCAAGACAAAAUGUUGCUACAGGAAGAGUUAGCUGAUCGUAUCAGCCAGCUACUUCCUGUUUUUACGCAUGAAAAUCAGCGAGUUCUUUUUAUCCAGUCCAUUUUCAAAAGUCUUGCGAAGGAAUGGAAUCACAUCGAUAGAUGGCGUAUGGACAAAUUUCUGAUGAUGAUGCGUCGCGUUUUGCGAGUACUUUUCAAAUACCUAGCAUCAUUGAAGUGGAAGAAGUCGCUGCGCGAUGCUUAUUGGGAUGCAUUUCGAUGCACAACAUUGUCUACUGAUCGCUCAUUCCCCGAUGGACUGAAAUUUCAUUUUGCUUCGCUCAUCCUUGAUGAAUUGGAUAAUGCGGGUGGACUGAACAAGAAGCAAGUUACUGCUUGUUUGAAACCUUUUGCAGAACUUCUAGCAGUGCGAACUAUCAGUGACUAUAUGUUUGACUCCAUUGCGGAGGAAAUUUUUGCUACUAUUCUUCAUCAGAGAUCAGAAGAAAUGGCUUCGAAGAUGGAGUCAGACGAUGCCGCUACUAAUCCGCCUGGAAUUCAGUUUGACUAUGUAGCGCUUGGACAGGUGCUAUUUGAUAUAGGGAAGAAGCCGGAGACCAUCUCCAGACGAAGAAGAAAGUUGUAUGAUCUAGUGAAGAGAUUCGACGUUGCAGCGAAAGGUGGUGACCCGUAUUGUUUUGAGGCUCCCGUGCCGGAAAUAAUAUUAACAUCCGAUGAUUACAAAGAAGCUGAGAAGCGGUUAAAGAAAAUGAAUGAAGAAGUUGCACUUGAGAGAAAACGGAUAAAGCUCGAGAAAAAGAGAAUGCAGUCGCAGAGCGAAUGCACGCAAGAGGAAGUUGCUAGUGAUGACGCUAAAAAAGUGAUCCCCAAAAUCAAGCCGAAGAAAAGCGCUGUUAAAAGUAAAGUUUUGAAAAGAAAGUCGGGCCGAAAGCAUUUAGGAGUCAAAAAGAUCAGAACAGUGAAUACUCAUAAGGCUAAAUCAGUGACAUGAUAUGUAUAAUUCCUGUUAAAAAGUUUUGUUUGUAUUUCUCUUGUUGUUAUCUGUUUCUGUUACCCAUUGUUGAAGCUUACUGUGUUAUGCAUUUAUGCAU